AUGGGGAUACCUUGUCACUACUUACCUCAUCAACCUGUGAUAAAGGAGAGCAGCACAACUAAAAUCAGGCCCGCGUUCAAUGCUUCUUCUAAGAGAAAAGGAGUUCCUAGUAUAAAUGAUUGUGUAGAAAAAGGGUUAAAUUUGAUAGAAGUAAUUCCCUCAAUGAUAAAUAAAUUUCGAAGAUAUAAAUUUGGUGUAACAGCUGAUAUACGUAAGGCUUUUUUGCAAAUAAGUCUUUAUGAAAAUGAUAGAAAUUUCUUACGAUUCUUAUUGUAUGGAGAAGAUGGACAGUUGAAACAUUUUCGUCAUCGAAGAGUUGUGUUUGGCGUUUCCUGUAGUCCGCUUUUGCUUGGGGCCACUAUUCAAUACCAUUUGAAUAAUAAAAUAGAGGAAGCAAUGGGAGGGAAUGAAAAAUACCCUAAAGAGAUUAUAGAGGAACUAAUAUGCAGUUUUUAUGUAGAUAAUUGCCUCACAAGUGUGAAAACUAAAUAA